UGAAGAUUCAUCGUAUAAAAGCAGUGGGAUUUUCAUCGUAUUCAUCAGUCGCAACCACAACAAACCCGAAAACUGCAACUCGUGCACAACAUUAUGAACGCCAAGGUAGUCGUGUUGUUCGCCCUGGUGGCUCUCGCUUUCGCCGAAGAGACGAAAACUGACGGGACGCAAAAGGUGGAGAACGCGAAGAAGGACAAGCGAGGUUUGUACGGCUCCCUCGGCUACGGCAUUGGCGGUCUGAGCUACGGUUACGGCCUUGGCGGGCUGAGCUCGUACUCGGCACUUCCGAUUGGCCUGAGCCACGGAGUCUCCACCGUUCUAACGAAAGAAGUGGCCGUGCCCGUGCCCCAACCAGUUGCCGUGCCCGUUGAGAAACAUGUUCCGGUCCCGGUUAAGGUACCAUACGCCGUGCCCGUCGACCGUCCGUACCCCGUUCAGGUGCCUAAACCCUACCCAGUCGAAGUCACCAAACACGUCCCCAUCCCGGUAGAUCGCCCCGUGCCCGUUCCCUACAGUGUUCCGGUGAAAGUGCCGAUUCCCGCUCCGUAUGCCGUCAAAGUGCCACAGCCUGUUGCCGUUCCCGUCGUCAAGCACGUGCCGGUUCCCAUCGCCCAGCCGCUCAUCUACAGUAAAAUUCCUUCGAGCUUCGGAUACAUCGGAGGUUACAGCGGUUGGUAAAUCGGCGAUCUCGUGAAAUUCUGUGAGCUUUACUCCUCUAAUGUCAACGGAGCAGAGCACUUAUUUAUAACCGGAUUGCACAGAUCUUACCAUAGAUCGCCCGAAAUUUCGGGAAAAGAUCUCAGGAAACCUACUACGUUGAUACACUUCGUUUUACUUUGUUUUUAUAUAUAUCGAUGACAAAACGAACUUUUAGAAUUUUGUGGAUGUUUUGAGACUCCCUUCUGAAUUUUCUUUUCUUGAUAUGAGAGAAAGUGCACGUGUUUUCUAAACAAAACAAAAAAAAAAAAAAAAAACGAAUAAUCUCUCCUGAUCUUACGGAGAAAAUU